ACAAAUUAGAUUGAUAUCAACAGGAUAAUUGAUAAUCGUAUAGUUAAAACAGUUUAAGUUUGCCGGGCGACGGCUGCGGUAAGUAUAUAGAGCGGCGUGAGCUGCGCGGGCGCCUAAUUGUAAGCAGUGAGUUGCGCAUGACGGUACAGUGCACCGAGACUCCUGCGCACGAUCGCGCUACGAUACAAAACCUUUGUGAUACAUGGUUCCUAUUCCUAUGGUUUUUUUAAACAUCCAGUGAAUUUAUUCCGAACUUUUUAGUGAUUUUGUGGUGUUAUUCUUUUUAUAUAAUUCAAAAUGUUGACUGGCUGGCAGUUGAUUUUAUCGAAGCUAUUCGUGAUACCGCAACGAUGGGUGAUGGCAAUAAUGGGUUUUCUGGCAGUGGCCAACGCGUACACGAUGAGGGUGUGCCUGAACAUAGCCAUUACUCAGAUGGUGAGGAAGAAUCCGCAUUCUGCCGGUAACGACGGUUCCUGUCCUGCUGGGGAUGGUGUUGACAUCAGUGCGGAGGGCUCUGAUCCUACUGAGCUCACCGCCUUCGACUGGGAUGAAGCAACUCAAGGCAUGAUACUAAGUGCGUUCUACUACGGGUACAUAGUAACUCACUUGCCCGGAGGGAUGCUUGCCGAGAGAUUCGGAGGAAAGUACUCUCUCGGCUUCGGUGUGUUAAGUACGGCAGUGUUUACGCUGCUGACGCCCUGGACUGUCAGCGCAGGGGGCGCUACUGGACUCAUUAUACUGAGAGUGUUGGAAGGACUGGGAGAAGGCUUUACAUUCCCCGCUUUGAACGCCAUGUUGGCUCGAUGGGCCCCAGUUUCCGAGAGGGGUAGAAUGGGAUCCCUGGUUUUCGGAGGUGCACAGAUCGGCAACAUCGCAGGAACCUACCUGUCUGGACUGGUCAUUAAAGAGACUGGUGAAUGGCAGUCAGUGUUUUACCUGUUUGGCGCCAUUGGAAUACUUUGGUUCAUUCUUUGGGCGUUGCUGUGCUACAAUGACCCCGAAUCCCAUCCGUUUAUAUCGGACAAGGAGAAGAAGUAUCUGGAGGAAGCUCUCGGCAGCCACAGAAGCAGUCUACCCUCAGCCAUCCCAUGGAAGGCGAUCUUUAUGUCUGUUCCUCUUUGGGCUCUUGUAUGCGCUCAGAUCGGCCACGACUACGGAUACUUCACGAUGGUGACCGACCUCCCCAAGUACAUGACAGGAGUCCUCAAGUUUGACAUUCACCGGACGGGCACGCUUGCCGCCCUCCCUUAUGCAGUCAUGUGGCUGAGUUCCAUCACUUUCGGCUGGAUUUGCGACAAGAUUGUCAAGAGAAACUGGCUAACUGUCACCAACGCAAGAAAGACUUUCACUACCAUAGCAUCUAUCGGUCCCGGUAUCUGCAUGAUCUUGGCUUCGUACUCCGGUUGUAACACUGACGCUGUGGUCAUUCUCUUCACUGCUUCCAUGGGGCUCAUGGGAGCCUUCUACCCUGGAAUGAAGGUCAACGCCUUGGACUUGAGCGGGAACUAUGCUGGCACGAUCAUGGCUAUCGUGAACGGCAUUGGGGCCAUCACAGGCAUCAUUGCACCAUACUUAGUUGGACUUCUUACACCUGAUAGCACAUUAGUACAAUGGCGGCUGGUGUUCUGGAUAGCCUUGGCAGUGUUCAUCCUGACGAACUUAGUGUUCGUAACGUGGGCGUCAGGCGACGAGCAGUGGUGGAACACCACCACGCAAGACCCCAGGAAGCAGCGGGAAGCGGAAGCCGGCACCAACCACUCCGUCAACGCCGAGGUCAAAUUGUAAACCAAAACCUACAAAUAUUUGGUUCAAAUAACGUAAACGAGGAAAAUUGAACAGCUGAUGGUGCAGACGUUUUCCUGUCGUUAAUAUGCGGAAGAAAUUGUAAAUAGACAUUAAUAUUUAAUUAGACGCAGUGCGGAAUAUUUUAUAAAAAUGAACAAUAAGUACUUGAUAUAAGGACCGUGCGUUUCAGACAGUUUUUGUCAAAAGGUGGUGUAAAAAUAAGUAUAGUACAAACCGUGAGUUUUUAAAUUGUUUAAUUCAUAAUAAAGGGCGAUUCACUGAAUCCACAGCCAGUGCUAUGUGAUAGUAAUAAUAAAUAAUCCCGAUCUAGAUAUUAUUUGUAAUUAGAAGAAUUGUAAUGACAGAACAUUAAGAAAUUAGUUGUAAUUUGAUAUUUAUUUAAAGUAUUAUUUUUGUGUUGUUGAUGACUGUAAUUUUAUUUAAGGUAGAUCUAAGUAGUCAUAUACAAAGUAUUAAUUGUCUAAUGAAUACUAAAUGCUUAUUUGUAAAUAUUUGUGAGAAGCCUAUUUAUUUGACAAAUGCACUGACAAAAAUGUUUGUUCACGUAUUUUCGUAUUAUGAAUAGAGGCUGUGAACAAUUUGGGAAAUCUUAGUAAAUUUAAUAGGAAACUAAUUAUUUUUUGGAAAUAGAAACGAUCGCAUUAGAUUGCGAAUCAAAUCUAAAUCUUGUACGUCAAAAUGACAAAAACAUAUUCAAGAAAAAUUUUGAGAUAUUGUGUAUACGUAAUGAUUUUAAUACUAAAGGAUUGAAAACUGGCAGUUUAUUUUCAAUUUACUUACGUCUAACACAAUACGACCAAUAAAUUGGUGCGUUUGGAAAAACAGACAAUGUUGAUUACGCGAGAUAUAGCCACUCGCAAUGGUGCGUGAUAACGAUAUAUCGUAGCUUUUCCGAGACGUACCAGAUUAAAUCAGCCUACUACGUAAUAUCAAAGUUUCGUGUGAACCUAUAAUUGAUGCAUGUGCUUUAAGGUGCAUUUCGUGCCAUUCAAGAGAUCUGUAUACAGCUGGCUUUAUAUAGUUUAAAUAUGUUUAAUAAACCAUGUCAUACAUAGGUAAGGUUUAAUUCACAUUGGAAGAGUAAAACGGGCUUAUGUGACUGUGAACAUUUACAUUUGAAAAAAUGUCUUAUGUUGAAUAUCGUAAAGUUCCUUUUACAAUGCAGAAAUAUUAUGUCCAGUUUAAAUACAGUUCUAAUGUGAAAUAAUCCUCAUAGAAAUUCCAUUUCAUGUUUAAACUAUCUGAGAUAUAGUUUCUAAGUUAUUUUGUACAAUAUUCUUGUAUUUUGUUAAAAUAAAAACAUUUUUAAACACGUA